AUGGGAAAGAAACGAGUUCUCGUCAGUUAUGGCGUGGACAUUGAUGCCGUGGCAGGAUGGUUAGGGAGUUAUGGGGGAGAAGAUUCCACCAGCGACAUCAGCCGAGGUCUCUUUGCCGGUACCCAUGGAACUCGAAGACUGUUGAAACUGUUUGACAAGUACAACAUCAAGGCGACCUGGUUCAUUCCGGGCCAUUCGCUGGAGACGUUUCCUGAAGAAUGUGCUAUGGUCCGGGACUCCGGGCAUGAAAUCGGUCUUCACGGGUAUUCUCAUGAGAAUCCAUCCGAAAUGACGUUUGAACAACAAAAGCACGUUCUCGAUCACACGUUUCGCUUACUUACCAAAUUCUGUGGUAAACCUCCACGAGGAAGUGUAGCUCCUUGGUGGGAAGUGAGUGAAGCCGGCACCGAGCUCCUACUUAGUUACGGCAUCGAAUACGACCAUAGUAUGGGACACGAAGAUUGUCAACUUUACUGGUUACGAACCGGCGAUCAGUGGACCAAGAUCGAUUACAAGAAAAAGGCCGCCGAAUGGAUGAAACCGUUAGUUCCUGGGAAAAUGACCGGCCUGGUCGAAAUUCCUGGCUCGUGGUACAUCGACGACCUGCCCCCAAUGAUGUUUAUGAAGAAUUCCGCCAACAGUCAUGGCUGGGUCAAUCCUAGAGAUAUCGAAGACAUAUGGAAGGACCAUUUCGAUUACUACUACCGAGAGUACGACGAAUUCGUUUUCCCAAUGACCAUUCAUCCCGACGUUUCUGGAAGGCCUCAUGUUCUUCUCAUGCAUGAAAGAAUCAUCGAAUAUAUCAACAAACAUGAAGGUGUCGAAUGGGUCACCAUGGAACAAAUGUGUGAUGAUUUCAAGAGCAAAUCCAUCCCAGCAGAAGGUGCAAUUAUGCCGGCCCCGCCAGGAGAAAUCCUCAAGAAACCGGCCUUGAUGGACUGA